AUGUUCCAUCCGAGAACAUUCGAUGAUGUUGCGGAUGACGAAGAACUCAACGAUUUGAUGUGGUUUACAUGCUUCUUUGGCUGCCUGAACAACCCUGUUCAUGUUCAUGUAAGGGUUUGUUUCAAUUUGAAGGGCAUCUAGCAAGAGAAGUUCUCAAAGUGCGACGCUAAAAUUUUCCUUAAAUUUCGCACACACCUACAGUGGGGAGCCUGAUCAAGCGGCAAAAAACGUAUCAUUUUGCAUCCGGGAAAUAUCAAAAAUGUGGCAAAAUACCUCCCUCUCCAUGUGAAAAAACUCCGACUUCAAAAGCGCUCUUUUUAUGAGGGAAAGGGCGCGGCAAAAAAACGUGUCACUUUGCGUAUCAAAAAUGUGGCAAAAUGCUUCCCUAUAUAAGGGCGCGCCCUUCAAAACGACGUUUUUUGACUUGGAGAGGGAAGCAUUUUGCCACAUUUUUGAUGCUUCCCGGAUGCAAAAUUAUUUGUUUUUUGGCACUGGAUCAGGUCCGUCACUGUAGCAAUCCCUGAAAGUUUUGACCCGCGUUAUUCAGGUGCAGCCGAGAUAUUCAACAACUUUUGGGGCCGAGAGAGUACGUGAAACGCGGGGAGCGGUUACACAGAAAAACUCUUUUUGACCAUUUGAUUGCCAGUGUCGUGCAAAAAAAUUGGUUUUUUGUGAAAACAUUACCCUCUACUGCAGAAAUAGCCAUAAGACUUUUCUUCCCAGAAUUCGCAAAAAAAGUAUUAUAUUUCUUUUUUACCAAUCUUUGAUUUAAAAUCUCGGUCGUUUCUGCAAAGCGCAAGCUAGAAGUCUCGAAUAUGUUCUAUAAAAAGUUGUUCUAAAUAUGUGCCAAAUUUCAUCAAAAUCUGAGCGUCGCACUUGGGGUACUCCCCUCUAAGUUUUAACCUUUUAAAAAAGGCUUAUUUUUUCCUCUUUACAGGCCGCUAGCUUCGUUAUUGCCGUUCUUGAUGUAGCUUAUUCCUUCUAUUUACUGGUCAUGAUAUACCUCGGCAAUUCCGUCUUUUUUCUUCCUGAAUUCAUGAUGAUGCUGUUUAUGGCGUCGGUUUUAAUAAUCGGCAACAAAAGCGACCGUCCAAGGCUUUACAACGCUUGGCUGAUUUGGAAAGUAAUGCCUUUGAUUUUGCAAAAACUUUCGCUUUGAAUUUCAGGGACUUGUCCUAAUCACGCGACUUUUCUCGGCCACCUAUCUCAUCCUCAUGAUCGCAAAAUACGUCCACAAGGUGUCAAUAUUGGAAGAUUAUACCCGAAUUCCCGUACUCCGCGAUGUUUUCCAGCAGAAAACGCCCGAGAGUUUUUCACUUUUCAUGACUAUGACCUCUAUCAUACUGGAAAUCCAUUUCUGGCAGAUUAUUUAUUAUGGAAAGAGGUACCUGAUAGACCGCCAUAGCGACGAAGAACGACGGUUCAAGAAGUUUUUCCACAGCCAGAGCGACGAUAACAGCAGAUCGUACUUUAUAAUUCGGGAAGAAGACGAGGAAGAGUUUUUGAGGAGCAGGAUUAAUAGUGUAUGA